AUGGAAGGUGAAGCUCAAGAAUACAAAGCUAUGGAGUUCAAGAAGGAGAAAGAAGAAGAGGUACCAGAGCCAGUGAGUCCAACUGGACAAUACUUCAACAGCUCAGUGCUUUCAAUAUGUAUUCUUGCUGUCUUGGAAUCAGAAGUUCCUAUUGAUGACUCGCUUACUAUGACAUUGCUUAAGGAUGUUCUUGAUAAAAAUGGUGAAAAUCAAUGGAAGCAAGUUGAGGUGAAGCUCAAAAACCAUGUUAACGUUCCCAUAUUUCCCAAUGGACUGUCACCAACGUCUUAUGACACUUACUUCAAUGACUAUGUAUCGAAAGUAGCAUUGAAGCCAUUUCCACAAAGCCAACCAUUAUGGGAAAUUCAUAUAGUAAAAUACCACACCAGCAAUGCAGCUGGAAACGUCAUUUUCAAGCUUCAUCAUGCACUUGGUGAUGGCUUUUCUCUCAUGGGAGCUCUUCUUUCUUGUCUACAAAGAGCUGAUAAUCCUUCUCUUUCCUUAACAUUUCCUUCACUUCAACUUCCUUCUAAACCAGAAAGCCUUAGUACUUUGAGCUCUAAUGUUCCUAAAGGUAUUAGUUCCAUCAUGAAUACCAUUUCUGAUUUCGGAUGGAGCCUUUUGAAGAGUAGCUUUGUUGAGGAUGCUCGGUCACCGAUACGAUCUGGGGAUGAAGGAGUCCAGUUUAAGCCAAUUGUGAUUUCAACAACGACAUUCUCUCUUGAUCGCAUCAAACAAAUUAAGUCCAGACUUGGAGUGGUGAAAUGUUUCUUCCAUAACUAUGUCUUAACCAGUAAGAGGCAUCCAACUGCAUUAACUGUACAGAGCACACAGACAAAGGAAGUGCGGGAUCCUAUUCCUGUGUUCUCCACAAGCUUCUCUUCUAAAGGAAACUGCAUGCAUCUUGCCGAUCUUUACAAUGUGAAAACGAAGUUGGGAGGUGCAAUUUCAGCAGCUGGUCUUGUAGUCAGCUUGACGAUAAACGAUGUCAUUACUGGCAUUAUCUUCUACGGAACACGAUUAUACAUGCAAACUGUUGAUGAUAAAUCAACCAAUGCACAUUCCACGGCACUGGUGUUGCUCAAUACUAGAAGCAUUGGUGGGUACAAAUCUGUGAAGGAAAUGGUCAAGCCUGAUGCUGAAUCCCCAUGGGGAAACCAGUUUGGAUUCCUGCAUGUUUCGGUACCUGAAUUAAACGAUUCCAAGGUUUCUAAACCUCUUGAAUUCGUAGCGAAAGCACAGGAAAUCAUCCAGAGGAAGAGAAGUUCUCUUGCUGUUAACCUCACUGGUAGGCUCCUGGAGGUUCUGAGGAAGUUUAGAGGCCCUGAGGCAACAGCCAGGCACAUCCGAAAAACAUUAUUCAACUCGAGCAUGACAAUCUCAAAUAUCAUUGGCCCUGUGGAACAAAUGGCUUUGGCUAAUCAUCCAAUUAAAGGCUUGUAUUUUAUGGUAGUUGGCGUGCCACAGAGUCUUACCAUAACAAUGGUAAGUUAUACAGGAAAGCUAACACUAGCUAUGGGAACAGAAAAAGGGUUCUUGGAUCCUCAUAAAUUCAAAUCCUGCAUAGAAACAGCCUUUGAGAUGAUAUCCAAGUCCGCAUCCGAGAAAUCUCCAGGGACCAAUUAA